UGAUGAUUCGUCAGGCGGAAGUUGUUUUGAUUGCGGAAGUGCACAGAUGCCGUAGGCGCAGCCCACCGAAGCAGUCUGGUCCAGGACCUAAAUUUGAUCGUGUUUUGAUUCGGCUGUAUGUAGGCCUCUGAGAGCGUCGGUUUACAGCUCGAUCAGUGUUCCAGGUUGAGCUGUCGGGAUGGCAGACCACAAUGACGUCAGUCUGCCGCCGGAGGAGAGAGUCCGCGCUCUGACCAAGAAGGGAAGCUCGGUGGAAGUAAACGACGAUGUGCCCCCGCGCCGCUACUUCCGCUCUGGCAUGGAGAUGGUCCGCAUGGCGAACAUCUACACAGAGGAGGGCAACAUUGAGCACGCCUUCGUCCUUUACAAUAAAUACAUCACGCUCUUCAUAGAAAAACUUCCCAAGCAUCGGGAUUACAAGACAGCUAACAUUCCUGAGAAGAAGGACACACUAAAGAAACUGAAGGAUGUUGCCUUUCCUCAAGCAGAGAUUCUGAAAAAAGCUCUUUUGAGGAGAUUUGACCAGGAGUACGCCCAGUAUCUUGUCAAAAAGAAAGCGGAGGAGGAAGCCUUGGCACGCGAGCAGUCCAAGCAGCGGGCGCUGGACGCCGAGCGGGAGCGCGUGGCUGAGAUGCAGCGGCGGCAGCGGGAGCAGGAGCAGUUCAGUGCCUUUGAGGAGAUGAUCCGCCGCCAGGAGCUGGAGAAGGAGCGCCAGCGCGUGCUCCUGGAGUUCGCCACGCCUGCUACACCUUCCCCUGACACUCCCCUCAUUCCAGGCUUCCAAGUCCCUUCAAUCGUCUCCCCCACCACCCCACAGAGCCCGGGGGACAUGUCCGGCGGCAUCAACCACCAACACAAUCGUCCCCCUGCAACCAUCGGCACACCUGUCACGGGCCUGCCCAGCUUCGACCGCUCGCUCAAGCCUGGAACUUUGGUCAGCCCCGGGAACAACAAUACGAUGGUGGAUGCCCUCCGGCAGUUGGCCGUGCCCGCUGAGCUGUGCCGGAGCUUUCUGAGGUUGGCCGAGGCCAACACAAGCCGAGCUGUAGAAACUUGUGGCAUCCUGUGUGGCAAACUGACCAGGAAUGCGUUUACUGUGACGCAUGUCAUCGUACCAAAACAAUGUGGCGGGCCAGACUAUUGUGACACAGAAAAUGAGGAGGAACUGUUCCUCAUACAGGACCAGUACGAUCUCAUCACCCUGGGCUGGAUACAUACUCACCCCACACAGACGGCCUUCCUGUCCAGCGUCGACCUCCACACACACUGCUCCUACCAGAUAAUGAUGCCUGAGGCCAUCGCCAUCGUCUGCUCGCCUAAGUUCAAUGAAAUCGGCUACUUCAGGCUGACAGAUCGAGGAACGGAGGAGAUCUCAACAUGCAAACAGAAAGGCUUUCACCCUCACAGCAAAGACCCACCUCUAUUUACACACGCGGGACAUGUCACCAUCACCGAUGACACUGUGUCCAUGGUGGAUUUGCGGUGAUUUUCCUUUUUUCACCACAACCCUCACAGACUGUUUUAUCAAACUGUAGACAUUUUACCGAAGGAAAACACUCAUCUUACAUUCAGGACGGUACUGAGCAAAUGCCGGCCACGAGUUUACUAUUGACAGACUUAAAUUGUUCUCAAAGGGAACAACAUUGUGAACUUUAUUUUUUUUCUGUUUAAUUUGUUUUUUGUUUUGCUCUUUGAGAAAAAUUCUACUUAUUAUUGCACUUUCCAAGCAAACAACUACUAUCCGCUUACUGGACUAAAAAACCUCUGGCUCGUCAUCCCCUCUGUUUUUGUCAGCACGUGCUCCAGCUCCAAACUGUUCGAGUUUUGUUUAUUUGCCAUGAAUAAAAAUGUCUUUUUGUCAGUAAAGUGUCCAGAAACCCAACCUUUGUUUGGUAAUUGUCAUCAAAGUUUGGUUCUGUCUGACAGAUAAAGUGCCAAGGACGAGAACAUUCAUUAGUUGAGCUGUUCAUUGUGCAUCGUGAAGUUCAGUGUGUAGUUUGUAGUCACGUCUUUGUUCUUCUGACAUGGGUUUCCUUCACAAGCUGUUGAAGUGCUAUUAGUGAUGAGAGAAAGGAAAGCCAGUCGUAACUCAGGUCUGCAGGCAGCGUUGCUGUUGCUGCUCUGUAUUAUAUUUUUUUAUAUACAAACACUAUCACUCCACAGUAUCCUGUAUCUAUGAAGGGUUUUGUUUGCUCUUUGAUUCAUGCUUAUAAUGGAUCCACCUUCUACCACUUUUAUUUCCUCAUCCUAUGUAUUUUUGUUCUGUGGAAAGGGGUUGGUCGUACCUGUAUAAUGUGUCCAAGAUUCAGAGGACAUGUGUGCAACAGGCAAUCUGAAUGUGCCUUCUGCCACACAUUACCACACAUUACUAACCACCUGGCCAUGGUUUCAUGCCUCUAACCAUUUUUGUUUGCUCCAUUCUCUUGUUAGAAGAAGUAAAUGAUUAGCCAUACUUGUGAGAAUACCUUCAAUGAAUUAAAUGCCAAGGUAAAAAUAAAAUCAUUGUAGAUUAAUUCA